GACUGACACUUACAGUACUUUUUCGUGGUUUUGGAGGGUCACACGCGUGUGAGAUAAUAAAGCACUUUGGCAGAAGAUUCCUCUCUUCUUUUUUUUUUAUUUUUGUUUUUUAUUUUUGUUCCUUUUUUUUUCCCCCUUGGAAUAUUGUGAACAUAUUUGUGGCCAUUUAAGGUUUGUGUGAUUUUGCUAAAAUGCAUCACCAACAGCGAAUGGCUGCCUUAGGGACGGACAAAGAACUGAGUGAUUUACUGGAUUUCAGUGCGAUGUUUUCACCUCCUGUGAGCAGUGGGAAAAAUGGACCAACUUCCUUGGCAAGUGGACAUUUUACUGGCUCAAAUGUAGAAGACAGAACUAGCUCAGGGUCCUGGGGGAAUACAGGACAUCCUAGUCCAUCCAGGAACUAUGGCGAUGGGACUCACUAUGAUCAUAUGGCGAGCAGAGACCUUGGGUCGCAUGACAAUCUCUCUCCUCCCUUUGUCAAUUCCAGAAUACAAAGUAAAACAGAAAGGGGUUCAUACUCAUCAUAUGGAAGAGAUUCGAAUUUACAGGGUUGCCACCAGCAAAGUCUCCUUGGAGGUGACAUGGAUAUUGGCAACCCAGGAGCGCUCUCCCCCACUAAGCCUGGCUCCCAGUACUAUCAGUAUUCUAGCAAUAACCCCCGGCGGAGGCCUCUCCACAGCACCUCUAUGGAAGUACAAACAAAGAAAGUUCGAAAAGUUCCUCCAGGUUUGCCAUCUUCAGUUUAUGCCCCGUCAGCAAGCACUGCCGACUACAAUAGGGAUUCACCAGGUUAUCCAUCCUCAAAACCAGCAGCCAGCACUUUUCCUAGCUCCUUCUUCAUGCAAGAUGGCCAUCACAGCAGCGACCCGUGGAGCUCCUCCAGCGGGAUGAACCAGCCUGGGUACGGGGGCAUGCUGGGCAACUCUUCUCACAUCCCCCAGUCCAGCAGCUACUGCAGCCUGCACCCGCACGACCGCUUGAGCUACCCAUCACACUCCUCAGCAGACAUCAAUUCCAGUCUUCCUCCGAUGUCCACCUUCCACCGCAGUGGCACAAAUCAUUACAGCGCGUCUUCUUGCACACCCCCUGCCAACGGGACGGACAGUAUCAUGGCAAACAGAGGAAGUGGGGCAGCAGGCAGCUCGCAGACUGGUGAUGCGCUGGGGAAAGCACUUGCCUCUAUCUAUUCUCCAGAUCACACCAACAACAGCUUUUCAUCAAAUCCUUCAACUCCUGUUGGUUCUCCCCCUUCUCUCUCAGCAGGCACAGCUGUUUGGUCUAGAAAUGGAGGUCAAGCGUCAUCAUCUCCCAAUUAUGAAGGUCCCUUACACUCUUUGCAAAGCCGGAUCGAGGACCGCCUGGAGAGACUGGACGACGCCAUCCACGUGCUGCGCAACCACGCGGUGGGGCCCGCCACCGCCAUGCCGGGGGGCCACGCCGACAUGCACGGCUUGAUAGGGCCGUCGCACAACGGAGCCAUGGCCGGCCUGGGGUCCGGCUACGGCACCGGCCUGCUCUCCGCCAACCGGCACUCGCUCAUGGUCGGAGCGCACCGCGAGGACGGGGUCAGCCUCCGCGGGAGCCACUCGCUCGUGCCAAACCAGGUCCCGGUCCCCCAGCUGCCCGUCCAGUCCGCCACGUCCCCGGAUUUGAACCCGCCCCAGGACCCGUACAGGGGCAUGCCAACCGGACUGCAAGGGCAGAGCGUCUCUUCGGGUAGCUCCGAAAUCAAAUCUGACGACGAGGGAGAUGAAAACCUCCAGGACACAAAGUCUUCUGAGGACAAGAAACUAGAGGAUGACAAGAAGGAUAUCAAAUCAAUUACUAGGUCAAGAUCUAGCAAUAACGAUGACGAAGACCUGACACCGGAGCAGAAGGCCGAGAGGGAAAAGGAAAGGAGAAUGGCCAACAACGCUCGGGAGCGCCUGCGCGUCCGCGACAUCAACGAGGCUUUCAAGGAGUUGGGCCGGAUGGUGCAGCUCCAUCUGAAGAGCGACAAGCCCCAGACCAAGCUCCUGAUUUUACACCAGGCUGUGGCUGUCAUCCUCAGCUUAGAGCAGCAAGUCAGAGAAAGAAAUCUGAAUCCGAAAGCAGCGUGUCUGAAAAGAAGGGAAGAAGAGAAAGUAUCUUCAGAUCCUCCUCCGCUUUCCCUGGCAGGACCCCACCCUGGGAUGGGAGACGCCUCCAAUCACAUGGGACAGAUGUAAAAAAGGUCCAAGUUGCCACAUUUCUUCAUUUAAGCAAGAGACCACUUCCUUAACAGCUGUAUUAUCUUAAACCCACAUAAACACUUCUCCUUAACCCCUUUUUUGUAAUAUAAGACAAGUCUGAGUAGUUAAGAAUCACAGACGCAAGAGAUUUCAGCAUUCCCGAUUAUUAAAACCGAGAAAAAACAAACAAAAAGUGCAACUUGAGGGACGACUCUCUUUAACAUAUCAUGCAGAAUGUCUAACGCAGUAUGUUACGAGCUGUAAGUGCACAGCCUAGAGACUGAAUGGCAAUCUUCUCCACACUGUGGGACAAUGCAUUUGUGCCUAAACUUCUUUUGGAAAAAAAAAAAAAAAUAUAAUUAAUUUGUAAGUCUGAAAAAAAUAUUUAAUUUAAAAUUGUAAACUUGCAAUAAUGAAAAAGUGUACUUCUGAAGAAAAAAAAAUGAGCGUUUUUGUUGGUGUGCUAGACAGCUAGUGUUUAUACUUACUGGAUAUUAAAAGGGAAGCUUUGCUGCCCAGAUAUUUACAAAACCAGCAAACGUCCUAAUGAAAACUGAAGCGAUGACAUUAGCCAUUCCUUAGGGUAGGAGAAACAGAUGGAUCUUAUAGACCUAUGACAAAUAUAUAUAUAUAAAUAUAUAUAUAAAUAUAUAUUAAAAAUUUAGUGAAUAUGGUAAGCUUUUGUUCAUUUGUUUCAGACUUUUUUGCUCCUGUAAAAAAAUAGUACUGAUUAACUUUUUUAAAAAGAAGAUUUUACUGUAAAUAAGGAUUUUUUUGUCUUAUUUCUGUCCCUCUCCCCUGUUUUUGUUAUUGUAACCUGUAGUGCCAACUCUGUCUCUGGAGGGGUAGUGCAGGAUGAAAUGCUGACCCUGACGUUGCUUCUCAUUCAUAACUAAAGUUAGAGAGUUGUUUCUUCAGUCUUUGGGGAAGACAGGACUUUGGGUCCGGCGGUGUGCCGGCACCCCGGGCGCGGGAGCGAGCCCCGGCCGCCCCGCUGCUCCGCUCGACCCUUUUCUGGGAUUUUCAGAGGUACAAGGUUAGAAUGCUACAAUGUUACCACUGUGCCUUCCAAUGUUUAUAUCAUCGGAAACAUAACAUAAUCAAAGUGGCUGUGAUUAACGAACCAAUUAAAGUGUUACCUAUGUGUGUAGCCUAAAUAGUGUGCAGUGAGGCGUUGCUGAAUACAUGGUCAG